UUUGGUCCACAUGUUUGACUGAUUUGAAUGUUUCAAUCAUUACAUACCUAAUUAUUGACUAACAAUACAUUUUUACCUUUUCAUAACGGCAAUUCUCUGGCUCAAGAUUCGUGCUAUAAUUUAAACACAUUUUCUACCUGACUCCAGGGCCUAAUGAAGAGCUUCGACGACUUUAAUAUACUGAGGAUGGAAAACACGAAAUUAUGGUUUAGACUGUUCACUCUUUUAACAUCCCCUCUGCGUUUUGUCUCUAGCCCAUUAUAUUUCCCUUCACAUUUAAUACACAUAGGAGAUACAACUUUUCCCCUAUCUAAUUCAGAAAUGAGUAAUUACAAGUUGCAGUCGUUUUAUGAUGUGUAUGUCCAUGGUCAUGCACACAAGAAAAAAAACCAACCUAAUUCCUACUGGAUUCUUGUCUCUAAAUCAUAAGUUAAAGGAUCCGACCAUGGCCAUAUAGCUAUAUCAAAUACUUCUGAGGCCAUGUUUCUGUUUCUUUUAUUUGCCAGAGGGUUUCAAGUUAAGUAGGUUACCAGCACAGUCUGAUACAGAUGUGUAUAGAAACCUCUUGCAUUGCAAUCCAAUCCAACAAUCCUAAAUACUAUCUGUGUGAAACAUCAUUUUCAGUUGUUAUUAGGUUACUAGGUUGCAUUAUAUUGUCAGGUGAUUCUAGUAUUUUUGCUCAUCUAAAUAUGUAAAUGAGAUGGAUAAAAAUGUAGUAACACAAUUCAUUGUAAUGCAGUCCAAAUAGCGCACUAAGUACCCUAGAGGUUAUUAGUCAAAAUUUACUUCAGCACUUCCCCCUUGUUUGUAACAUGCACCUGUCCGUUUUCCCUUUGGAGUUUCAAAUCUUCACAUUUAGUAAUACUCUAAGCUAGACAGCUAUCUGCGAAAUAACAGCAAUAACCCUUACCUUGUUGGGAUAUAUCGGACCCUUUAUAGACCUGCUAAUAGCCAACACAAUGCUUCCACUGAGCUACAACUCAUCUGCAGGAAGUCACUGUUUUUACGCUGGUAAAGUGAUACUUUUUUAAACAUUAGCAACGGUGCUUUCUCAUGAGUUUGCUUGAUAUCAGACAUAUGUGCCGCUUUUCUCCUCUACCGACUUUCUAAAAUUGCACGCAGCGAUAUUGAUGCGUUCCAGCAACUAUCUGUACAGAAUCCCUAGUUUACUAAAAUUAAUUGUUAACUGCGACCAACACCAGUCUGUUUGUUCUUAGGAGCUGAGUUCUGCCACCGGACCAGUCACGUAAUUGGUCCGUUGUAUUUGCCUCUCUUUAUAUGGAAAUGUCAUUGAUUUAACAGAUUGUCAAGUUCCGUGGCUCAUUGAUAAAGCAACAACUUUUUUUAGAAGCCAAACGUGACGGUUUUUGUACAAGUGAUUUUAAACGCAGACGCUUGCAGUCCACCUGGUUUAGGCGAAUAAGCUCUGUCCAUGGUGCUGAAAACAUUUUCGUAAUAUAUCUACGAACCGAUUAAUGAGGAUUGGUUGGGUCGGUACGCGCAAGGCAGUUCAAAGGAAUUUCUUUAUAUGCAGAUACCAGUUAAUUUUUUAAGACGCAUAUGCGAUUAAAACGUAGUGAAAACGGAUAAAAACAAUAUUACCAAGUUAAUAUUGAAACUUGCGUUCAUUUGUUUUCAAUUUAAUGUUUGUAUGUGUGUCAAUCAAUGCAACAUGCUUGCAGAUUUUACUGUUGCUUCGUGCCAUACGUUUAAAAACUGCGUAAAACUAGGCUACACACUACUUAAUGCUAGCAAUAAUCGUAGCGAUAUUUUCUUGGAAUUUGGUUUGAUGAUAUAUAUAUAUCCUUUUAUCUGCUAAGGUGUCACAUUGUGCUCUCUAUGCUUAUAGGGGAAAUGUCGAUAUUACGGCAUUAAGCUGUCAACUAUAUAUGCCUAUCAUUCUAUCACGUGCUCUAUCUCAAAUGAACACACUGUGUCGCUGUCUACCAGUUCACUUGGAAAUAUUACAUUGCCGUGUAGCAUGACGUCUCCACCCAUUGUUCCUGAGCUUUGUGUUUCCAGUUAUGGUGCGGCUGUGGAACGAGCUGUGAGAUCGCAUUGCUGAUUUCUGUCUUUGGAAUUCUCUGAUUUAGUCCAUAUCUCACGUAUUUGCAAGUUGAGCUAAAUACCUUUAAAUAUUUGGUAUUUGCUUUGGAUAUUUGUCUUUUUAAAUAAUGGAACGCAAAGGAUUAUCAAAGCUUGGCCUGUUUACCCUCUUUGUCAUCGGUCUACUUGCUCUGCAAUCCGUAUGUGCCGAGGUGAGCUAUUCUAUCCCAGAGGAGAUGAAACCAGGAACUGUCAUAGGAAACAUAGCCAAAGAUCUUGGUCUGGAUAUAACUACCCUGUCAACUCGCAAGGCCCGCAUUGAUUCCGAAGGGAACAACGAACGAUUGUGUGUUAUCAGUUUGAAAAGCGGGGAUCUAAGUGUUGCUGAGCGGCUUGACAGAGAGAAUCUGUGUGGCACUAAACCAUCCUGCAUUUUAGUCCUGGAACUUGUACUCGAGAAUCCGUUAGAAUUACAUCGAAUAAAUCUACACGUCCAAGAUAUAAAUGACAACUCACCGCAGUUCAAAAGAGAUUUAAUUAGAAUGGAAAUACAGGAGUCCGCAGAAAAGGGCACUCGUUUCUUAAUAGAGGAAGCACAUGACGCGGAUAUUGGUCAGAAUUCUGUUCAGAGGUACAGCCUACAAAAGAAUGAACAUUUUAUUCUAAUGAUUGAUGAGAACAAAGUUGAACUUGUUCUAGAGAAUAAACUUGAUAGAGAAACACAACAGGAAAUUGAUUUGCCUCUAACAGCUGUUGAUGGUGGUUCUCCACAGAGAUCAGGUACUGUAAUGAUACAUGUCACUGUACUGGAUGCUAAUGAUAAUGUACCAGUGUUUAGCCAGACCGUCUAUAAAGCCAGUCUGCCUGAAAACUCUCCUCUUGACACUGUAGUGGUUACAGUAAGUGCUACUGAUGCAGAUGAUGGGGUGAAUGGUGACGUGACAUAUGACUUUGGUCAUGUUUCAGAGACAGAUGAAAAACUGUUUUCUAUUGAAAGUAAAACUGGAGAAAUAAGAGUAAUUGGUACCACGGACUUUGAAAAGAAAAAAUCAUUUGAACUGCCAGUUGUGGCAAAAGAUGGACUGGGAUUAAGUUCUUACGCUAAGGUUUAUAUAGAUCUGACUGAUGUGAAUGAUAACGCCCCUGUAAUAUUUUUAAAAUCUAUUACUAACCCCAUACCUGAGAACGUGUCACCUGGUACAGAGGUGGGCAUCAUUAACGUGCAGGACAGAGACUCUGAGAGUAACAGACAGGUCCGCUGCUCCAUUCAGCAAGGCGCCCCCUUUAAGUUGGUUCCUUCAAUUAAAAACUAUUAUUCUCUGGUGACCACAGGACACCUGGACCGUGAACUAGUGUCUGAUUACAACAUUACAAUCACUGCCACUGACGAGGGCUCUCCACCUCUGUCCUCCUCUAAAACUGUUGAGUUGUCUGUAGCAGACAUCAACGACAACCCACCGCUGUUUGAGGAGCAGUCCUACAGCGCAAAUGUGGCUGAAAAUAACAAACCUGGCUCCACUUUAUGUUCCGUUACUGCUCGAGACCCCGACUGGAGACAAAACGGCACCGUGAUUUAUUCUCUGUUAGCCGGUGAGGUGAACGGUGCCCCGGUGUCCUGCUAUCUGUCUGUUAACGGAGACACGGGGGUGAUCCACGCUGUGAGGUCGUUUGAUUAUGAACAGUUGAGGAGUUUCAAAGUCCACGUGAUGGCGAGAGACAACGGUUCUCCUCCGCUCAGCAGCAACGUGACCGUCAGUGUCUUCAUAUCGGACGUGAACGACAACUCUCCUCAGAUACUGUACCCCGCCCCGGAGGGCAACUCCUUCAUGACCGAGCUGGUCCCCAAAGCUGCACACGGAGGCUCUCUGGUGUCCAAAGUGAUAGCGGUGGACGCGGACUCCGGACAGAACGCCUGGCUGUCCUAUCACAUAGUCAAAUCCACUGAUCCGGGACUUUUCACUAUCGGUGUCCACAGCGGAGAGAUCAGGACACAGCGGGACAUUUCUGAGUCUGACAGCAUGAAACAGAACCUUAUUGUGGCAGUGAAAGAUAACGGACAGCCCUCUCUCUCUGCCACCUGUUCCAUGUAUUUACUUAUUUCUGAUAACUUGGCUGAGGUGCCAGAACUGAAGGAUAUUUCUUACGAUGAGAAGAACUCCAAGCUAACCUCAUACCUGAUCAUCGCGCUGGUGUCUGUGUCCACCUUUUUUCUGACCUUCAUUAUCAUCAUCCUGGGUGUGAGGUUUUGUCGCAGGAGAAAGCCCAGACUGUUGUUUGAUGGAGCAGUCGCCAUCCCCAGCGCGUAUCUCCCUCCUAAUUACGCAGACGUUGACGGAACAGGAACUUUACGCAGCACUUACAAUUAUGACGCCUACCUGACAACGGGUUCUAGAACCAGUGACUUCAAGUUCGUGACAUCUUACAAUGACAACACACUGCCUGCUGACCAGACUCUGAGGAAAAGUCCAACUGACUUUGCUGAGGCGUUUGGAGAAUUGGAGGGAUCCUUCCAGGUAUGA